UAAAAUGAACCGCCGGCAGGGAACAGUCUCCUCCAUUAAAAAAGAGAAUCUCUCUAACAUUGUAGUGGCCAAUCGUGGGAGCAGGAAAUACUCCCGGGAAACUACAGGAAACUGGCACUAUGUACAGGUCUCAUGUGGUACGGAGUUGCCUCCACCUUUUACAUAAAACAGCGGACAGUGAGAACAGUAGUAGCGGUGCUCGGUAAGGGGUGUUCGGCGGCCUCUUUUGACACCCUUGUUCUGUACAGCUCGGAGCUCUACCCAACCGUAAUCAGGCAAAAUGGCAUGGGCUAUAACUCAUUCAUGGGUCGUGUGGGGGUGGCGAUGGCCCCCCUGAUCCUGCUGUUGGAUGACAUGUGGAUGGGCCUUCCUCAGGUCAUCCUGUUCUGCAUUGCACUGGGGUCCAGUUUAGUGGCCAGCCGACUGCCUGAAACACGAGGCCGAUGCCUGCCUGAGACCAUCGAAGACAUCGAGGGAACAAGAGCAUCACAGGUGGAAUCCCCCGUCCUCUCUCAGGAGAAUGAAGAGUGAGAAGUGGAAGGAUGAAAACAGCUGAUCAUCCAUCAGCGACAUUUCAACUUCAUGCAACUGAAAUACUUCUACACUAUGACUGUGACUUAGUCAGUCACUUAGUUAGUGUUUCCCUUACUAAAAAGAUGAAUGUAUUCCUUAACUGGAGAAAAGGUAUCUACUGUAGGUGCAA